CGUGGGGAGUCGGAGCAGAGAGUUGUUCGGAGGACUCGGAGCGGCAUGGCCUCCUCUCGGAGUUUCUUCUCCUUUAUCUGCGUGUUUUUCCUGCUUUUCUGCGCCUCCUCUGGAUCCGGGACUUUAAACAGCAGAAGAUCAAACCAGGAGCGAUGCGGCUACAAGGGUCAGUUUGCUGCAGAAGGAGUUCCUAAGUUGGCCGUCACCUUCAGAGCUGACAACUGCUCGUUAAGCUAUCCACUGGGGAAGCAUGCGAUCCAUGAGGUCUCAGACAUCUCCUUCAGCCACCUGGCCUGUGAUGACCAGGCUGCCGUGGUCGUCCACUGGUCUCCAAGUCCACUAGGAAUCGAACACAUUAAAGGCUUCAGAGUUUAUCUGGAAGACAAAAAUCCCGACGGGAAACGGUGUCAGCACCUCGUCCUCAAAGAACCGCGGCAGCUCAACUACUCCUACAGGAGCACGAAGCUGAGCAGUCAGCCGUUCACCGGUUUGACCUUUGACACCGACUACAUGGUUCGUGUCGUUCCUUUCCCAUCUCUGAUGAACGAAAGCGUCUUCCAUCCAUCUUUUCUGCGAACCAACUCCUGUGAAUUCCUCCUUGGAUCCGACAACCUGGUCUGCAAACCAUUCUGGAAGCCAAAGACCCUGAAUGUGUCUCAGCUUGGAUCCAACCUUCACGUGACCUUUGACCUGGCUCCGCCUUCCUUCGGCCUCCAGUUUUACUACCUGUACUACAGGCUGCGACAGGACGGGCUGUUCAGAGUGCAGCGCUGCAGGCCGGAGCUGAACCAGGCCAGGACCACAUGCAUCCUGGAGGAUGUCACUCCAGGAACUUACGUCAUCGAGCUAAAAGACAACAGCAACACGAGCAGGAGGCAAAUUCAGUACCACGUCAGCCAGGUCCACUCCCCCUGGGCGGGGCCGAUCCGUGCCAUGGCCAUCACCGUGCCUCUGGUCAUCAUGUCUGCCUUUGCCACCCUCUUCACCGUCGUGUGUCGUAAGAAGCAGCAAGAAAACAUCUACAGUCAGCUGGACGAGGAGAGCAGCGAGUCGUCCAAUCAGAGCGCGGCGCUGAACAGCGAGCGGCCGUGGCCACGCCCCAAGGUCUUCAUCUGCUACUCCAACAGAGACGGCUCCAAACACACCAGUGUCAUCCAGAGCUUUGCCUACUUCCUGCAGGACUUCUGUGGCUGCGAGGUGGUGCUGGACCUGUGGGAACAUCUGGAGAUGUGCAAGGAGGGUCAGAUGUCGUGGCUGAGCCGACAGCUGGAUGAAGCAAACCUCAUCAUCACCGUCUGUUCUAAAGGCCUCCGACAUCACGUUGAAAAGAAGAGUCGCAAAGGGAAGACGCCGGCUGGUCGCUGUGGUAACAGCAGCUCCCCCGCUGGCGGGUCUCACCGUGAUCUGUUCGUGGUGGCCGUGGCCAUGAUAGCGGAGAAGCUGCGGAUGGCGAAGCAGAGCCAGGACGGCGGCGGUCAGGAGCUGAGCCGCUUCUUGGCCGUGUACUUUGACUACUCCACCGAAAGCGAUGUCCCCACCGCGCUGAGUGUCGCUCCCAGGCUGAAGCUCAUGGAUCAGCUGCCGCAGCUCUACAGUCGCCUCCGUUCCAGUCAGGCCGCCGUGGCCGAUCCGGAGCAGCCGCCGCUCAACAUCUCCAGGAGGAACUACUUCAGGAGCAAAUCUGGACGCUCGCUCUACGUGUCCAUCUGCAACAUGCACCAGCACAUCAGCCAGAACCAGGACUGGUUUGAAAAGCAGCUGUCUCCUGCAGCCGCGCCUCCCUCAGACUCCUCCUCCAAAGAGGCUCCGCCUCCUGCCAUCCCGGGUCCGAGUUCUCCUCCAGAACCCACCUGCUCCGCGGGGCUUCAGCCGGAGCGGCGCUUCGACUCGGGCUUGGUGCUGAACGAGGUGCUGAUCAGGACGCCGUCGCUGGAGGAAGUGGAUGCAGUGGCGAGGAGGAACGUGCUCCUGCUGGCCCCUGGUUCCGGUCCGGGUCGUAGUCCCAGUCCAGAACUCCCACACUGCUCUACAUCCAUCCCAGGAUCCACGCCAAGAUUGUCCAUCGGAGCAUCCGGAGAGUCUUCCUCGGCUCCCUGUGUCCUUCAGGAGGAGGCGUGUCCUGCGUCCGGCCACACCGAGGACGACGGCUGCACUGGUCCGGAGGUCCCUCCUCCUCGCGAUUCUGGGAUAUACGAUUCGUCCGUCCCGUCGUCGGAGCUGUCCAUACCUCUGAUGGAGGGGCUGUCGCAAGACCAGAUGGACUCCGCCUCCUUGGCAGACAGCGAAUCGUCUUCAUCUGGACUCGGUGACGAAGAGCUGCCGACGGUGGUGUCGCUUCACUGCAGCGCCGCCAGCAAAGCUCAGCUGCACCACCAUCACCACCUGGAGCACAGCGACGCACACGCAGCUUCGUUGUAGGAGAUGCUGCCGGCCGCUGGGGGAACGGGAGCAGAAGAAGUGACUCUCAGGUGCUGUGAUGGAUGUGGAGGUGGACCGGAAGGACUUGAAGGGCCCCGAGGGGCUGAAGUCAGCAGGAAGCUGCUGGUAGAUGGUCAGUAGUGGGAGGUGGGAGCCCAGAACACAAACAUCUGUGCCGUCAUGGUCGCACCCCCACCCACUGAUCUCACCGAUUCCUGAGGGGGCGGUUUGAACACAGCAUCCCGAACACCCGCCUCCAGGAAAGAUCUGCAGGCGCUCCAGCCAAUCAGAGACAUUGAUGCUGAAGCACCUGUGGAUGAAGGUGAUGGAGAAACUCGUCAGCAACACGCAGCAGGUGCCUCAACAUGAAGAUGCAUCAGUUUACAACGCAACAGAACUGUCUGAUGUUCAUCUGAACGCCGGCGACUGAAAACCGCUAAACUCUAAAUAUUUGGCCUUUAACUUUUAAAUGGGUGCUAAUUUAGAUCUAAAGCGCCAUCAGAGAAUUGUCAUAACUGAGAUCUGACUGGAAUGAAAGCAGCGGGUGUGAGAGCGGGGCAGGACCUGCUAAUGUGAUAUACUAUAAAUAGCGUUUUUUUAUUCUUUGCUCAGAUUUGUGAAUAGAUAUUGUUUCUACAUUUUUGUAUCCUGGUUCUGUUUUAUUUCUAAUGUAGCUACAUCAUUCAGCCUGUUUAGGCUCUCUGUGCUUCACAUGGACGUAUGGAGUAAGAUAGCUGCCGAUAAAAUAAAAAAAGCUGAAUAAAUGUAGGAUUUUUAUUUGUUCCCUGUUGGCUCAUAUGUGACACACAAAGUUUUAUCUGUGAGAAUAAAAGUUUUCAACU